AUGGCACGUACCGCAAUGUUCACUUGGCGAGCUCUUAUGAAAUCAAUGAUGGAACUUAUCAAGGAAUCCAUCUUGUUCAUUAGCUCUUUAUACACGAAAUUUUGCGAGGAAACUACAUUACACGGAUUAAAGCAUACUGUUACGAAGAAUUUUAAUAUUAUAGAAAGAUUACUUUGGUUCAUAUUAAUUUCUAUGGCAUUCACUGGCGCCAUCUAUUGCGCAAUCAGCCAACUAGCGAGGUACAACUCGGAACCAGUUGUGGUCUCACUGCAGCGGGACUACCGAAGCUGGACUUUUACAUUCCCAGCCGUGACGGCUUGCUUCAUGGAGCGAAUGGACCAGGAGAAAAUGAAGGCAGUAAUACAACGAUUCUGGAACGUAACUGAAGAUAACCAAGAAAAAUUCCAAUAUUACCAGGAGUUCAUGGAACUGAUAACCGAUAUAUCAUUCCGCGAGAACUUGCAGAACUUCUGGAAGUACCAGAACGACGCCAGCUUGAAGGGAAUCGAUCUUCUGCAGUUGGCGAUUGAUGUUCAUCCAGAUUUCGCCCUGAAUGUCACUUUAUCUCAUCGCGUUGAGGUACAAUGGAUUCCAGUUAUGACGGAAGAGGGUCUCUGCAUGACAUUUAAUUCGGAGUACGCGCAGUUCCAACAGAUCUCUGAUGUCAGGAGACGCCAUAAGCUGAUGAUGUGCCAUUAUCAUAGCGAAUUCUGCUUCGUUCGGAUCGAUGCUUCGACCCAGGGUGUCAGGUACUUUAUUCAUUCGCCAUACGACAUCGCGACAGCUAUCUCCAACCCGACAGGGGGAAUAUAUCCAGGGGAUGAACUGAACACGGAUUUUAAGAUGGUGGAGAUUGUAGCUGCCGACCGAAUAAAGAGUUUGCGGCCUGAACAAAGGCGAUGCAAGUAUCCGGACGAGUGGCUCGCUGAUUCUAUUAAGGCUUAUAGUUUCGGCUUGUGCCAAAUGCACUGCAGAACAAAGAUGGCGAUAAUGUUCUGUGGCUGUCGACCAUAUUUUCAUACUAAAGGUGGUAAGAAUAUAUGUUUUUAUAAUAUAAAUGUUUGUAGUAGUAAUAAAACGUACCUACAUCAUCUAUGCCCAAUUAGGAUUUUCUUUCUGUGA